AUGUCCUUCUUAAGCCCACGGGCACAAGCAUCACGAAGCUACCGCUUUCAUUUCCGCUCAAAGCUGCCAGCCUCAAGUCUAUCUAGACAUUUCGCUCUUCUACCUGUCCAAACCCGUCCCUUUUCCCGUUCUCACCCUUUCACCUAUCCUCGUAAAGACUCUCAAGACAAAGAUAGCAUAAAUACCGAAUCCUCAGAAUACAGCAAAUCCGGCACCGAUGACGCAGCCUCCGGACGCAACACAGGAGCAGGUGAUACAGCAUUCGACCCGGACGUCACCGAUCCGCAAGCUGAGUAUCGGAAUGAGGGUGGCAACGUAAGCGACAGUGACGCGAGACAGGAUUCGCAGAACCCGCUCAAUGUGAGCCCCGCAAACCCAGAUGUCAGUGCGCCGAGAGAUGAGCAAGAAGGCGGGGCGGAGGCGUCUAGUGGGAGCUUGGGGAGCGGGGAGAGAGCAAGAAGUAGUGGAGGUGGCAGCCCCUCGAAAGGGAAAUCCGUUUCCUGA